GAAGGUUGGACAAUGAUAUUCAAGGCAGUGAGCGGCGUUUCUUCACCAGAAGUGGGUCACUUGUGGAAUUCACCCUUGACACUGUCAGAGAAUGUUAGUAGUGCCCUUGAUAUAACUACAACGCAUCUGGGACACUACAAGAACCGAAUUGUUCUGAACUGGACAACAUUUAAUCCUCAGGAGGUAAACGUAAGGCUAGCUUAUCAAACGGAGCUUGUUCUUGAGCAACAUUGCGGAGUAACCUUUUACAUUCUGUUAUCAGUUUUGGUUCGUUUAGUGUUGUACGAGAAAGGAAAUGAAGUUGUCUCUCUUAAGCUCAAUGCUACUGGCACAAACAGGUUAGACUGGUUUUCGCAGGCAAACCUUAUUUCGUCUCCAUGGAAUGACCUCACUACCGCCGCAAACUUACUGUUUUUUGACAUGAAUGGAGGGUGGAAUCGCUCCUUCGAGAUUACCAAGUCCUAUGGAGGUUGUAAUGCUGAUGUUGGUUGGUUAGUUAUUACCGCUGCUUCUUGCCCUUGGGAAACUCGUGUCGCCAUACCAAGUAUUCAAUACAGCAAGCUGGGAAAUGCUGUAUUUUGGGAGAAUUAUGGCGAUGUUGGUAUCGCUGACGUACUAGCCGUUUUUGCCAGAUGAAGGCACCAAGAAGGCACAUCAUCGGUCAUUAUAUCUUAUCAAGCACUGUAUCAGUUAUUUGUGUGCUGAUGAGGAGUUCUCUUAUAUUGGUCAGACCAACAGACGGAUAACAUGACAAUUGCCCAUUGCCAAGUUAAUUUAAUUAAACCUUUAGUCAAUUAAUAUACUCUUUUUCUAUAUAUUAUAAUAAAAUAUAUUAUAAGGCUGAAAUCUGCGAAAUGUUAAAACCAUUUUAAGAAUAAACUCAGCUGGGAUUUUGAAAAGUAUACAAUGAUUUUUUUUUUAGAAAGACCUUAUUGCAUGUAGUCUUAACGCCAUCAAUGUCAUGAAAGGACAGAUAAUCUGACGUUUCAUCGCUUUGUGUCCCUUUCUUUAACUUAUCUAAGAACUUUCACAAGAAGAAUUUCAGCCUAAAAUCGGCAGAAGAAUAAGAAUAUUCAGCCUGGGCUGAAAAAACAAACAAACAAAUAAACAAACAGACAAACAAACAAACAAAAAUAAAACAAUUGAAUACUUUUACUAAAUAAACAGAGUCUAAAACAUCUAUACUAAAAGGUAUAUGUUACAUUCAUUAUGAGAGCAGCUAUGGUUACUCUUUACCUUUCGAGGUGUCUUACGUACAAGCGAUGCAGCGCAUCCGGUUUAAACUGUAGAUACCUACAACCCGUAUCAAAUUAAAGCUUAUAGAGCUGGCUAUCAAUCUAUACAAAGUAUUUUGAAAUGAAAGGAAUUAUCAUAUUGUUAACGACCUCUAAAAAAAGCGUGUCUGAGACUUGCUAUAUUA